UUUGGAGCCUUCUCUGUGUUGUCUCUCCUCGCUUAGCUUCUUCCUCCUCAUUCCACCACCAUCUUCCCCACACCCUCCCCUUAUUAGCCUACCCCUCCUCUGCACCCCCUAGCUUUCCAAAGGCCUAGUCCCUCUCUCUCCCCUUCAUAGCACGUUCCAUUGCCUCCCUCCAUUGCUACCAACUUCUGUUACCUCCCUCUCCUCCUCUUAUUCCUGCUCCCCACUUCUCCUCCGAUCUUUAUUCUGUGACCUGAGAAAGAAGAGCAGAGCUCAAUGAGGAUACUCGGUUGGAUGCACCGCAAACUCCGGCAGAAUAAUGCAGACCCUCUCAAGGAUUUCAAUAUUGGCCGUGCUUCUCUAGAUGAGUGCAAGCCGCAGUUUACAAGAGCCGGAAGCAUCCAAAAGGAUCACUACGCUCUCUAUCUGAAGCCAUUCCCCGGCCUCGGCCUGGACGACGGUAUCAACAAUAACAAGGAGGAGGAAGAAGAGAGCCUGUCCGACAUCUUCACCCAUCUGCACCAUGGUCUUCUAGCCAUCGGCACACUCGGCGCGGACCCGGUCGAGCCCAUCCCGGCCCUCGAGAAAGAGACCGGUCACCAGGCCCCACACGGCCUAGAUGCCACCGGUCACCUGGAAAAGGUUGCGGAGGAAGAGGCCAACGAGGACGCCCAGUCUGGUGGCUGCCAUGUGGAUGCCAAGCCAGUCGGUCCAGCCCUGGCUGAGCCAGCUGCACACCAGACCAACCUCCAGGUCGAUGCAUGUGGGCAUCAGGCCGAGUACUCGGACAAGGCUCCCGCGGCCAAGAAGGAGCACAGGGUGUCCCUCGGCGAGCUGUUCUCUAAGACCAAGACGGCCGACGAUGGCGAGCAUGCCGACGGCAAGGCCGGGAGGGCCGACGGCGCCAAGGCCGUCCACCUGGUGAAGAAGAUCCUGAAACGGAAAACUGGGACCGGGAAGAACUCCGGGCCAAAUGAAGCUGUUGGUGCUGAAAACAAGAUCCACAAACUGUUUCACAUGUUCAACCGGAAAGUUCAUCCAUCUGAAUGUUGUCCAACCACUGUGAAGAAGUGUAGCAAGGAAGACAUCAAGCACAUGAAGGACAGCGAUAUACUGGAUGAUAAGGAUACGUUCAUACACGUCGAUCCGGUCACCGGAAAAGGCAAAAUCCGGCAAUACAAGGGACAGCCAAAUCCCCCUGAUUUCGCUCUCUGUAGCAGUGACUCCAAUGGAAACAGAGAAUAUUGGAUCAAAACAGACGCAGAUUAUCUUGUGUUGGAGCUCUAAGAGGACAAGGAAGAUGAAUGAAUGUUGCAGAGUUUGGUGAUGAAUAUAUAUAUGAAGAACUAAUUAGUUGAUGAAGUAUCGAUUAUGCGAUUGCAUGCGUUUGCUGCCUGUCCCUAUCUGUGUGUGUGUGUGUGUGCCAGUGUGUGGUUUUGGGUUUUUCAGCAAUGACUACAGAGAUUUGUCAAUGACAGUCAUCUAUGCUGUUAUGGAAUGAUCUAAAUAUAGUUAAUUGUUGCUAUA